CUGUGAUGAGCUGGAUUAAUGGUAAUGGAAUGCUAACAAAGUAACCUCACAGGCCCAUGCUAUCAUUUAUUACUAUCAUCAUCCAGGCUAACAUGAAAAGGCAUUAGCUUAGUAAUGCUACUUCACUGCCUGGAAAUGUCCAAUGCUAACCCUGUGCUUAGCCUAAUUUAGCUGCGGAUGGAACUAGUUAGCUAACUUGUUCAACUUCUCGAUCAAUCUAUUAAUAAAGUUAACAGUUUGUAUAUAUGAAGUUUAGUCUUGAGUAUAGUUGAAUAUUGUUAUCGUAUCAGUGGUUGAACUGGUUUUAGUGUGACCUCAGCAGUAUUUAUAAGUUUUACUAUUUUUAUAUAAAUGUAUGCUCUGAUGAUCCGUGAAGUGGUGAUAACUCAGUUUGUGAAUAAGUUAUUUAAUAUUAAUAUGAGUAAUUUAAAACCGUGACAGGGCUCAGUUAGCGGGACGCCGAUCCGGUUCACAGUCACUGUGUUGACUGCUAGCUUAGCUGUUAGCCGCUAGCCGCUCUGUUUUAUUUGGUAGCCGUUAGCAGCAUGAUGGCGGCUCCUGUCCCGGCACACAGCUCCUGUCCUCAGCUCGUUUAACAGCAGAGCUCCGUCACCCCGGCGCACGGAGCCGCGGCCCCGGUUAUCUCCCGACACUGCGUCCGUAUUCGUUCAGCUUCUUAUUCGCCACAGCGGCUACCGGCGGCUUUCUGACGAUUCUGCACAGCAUUCACCGGGUAAAAUGGCGGCCUGUCUGCUGCAGUCUGCGGGCUAGCUCGCUAGGAGCACCGCGAUCCGUCUCGAAGCCACCGAUUGGAUUAGCAACGGAGGGUUCGUUCUUCAACCUGGGUCUGCACCGGACACUGGUUCUUCAGGGUAGGAUUCACGUUGCCUUCACCGGGAAAAGCGCGCAUCACUGCCCGCAGUUAGCCACUGGGCUAGUUAGCGGGGUAAUGCUAACCCCGCGCUGUUAGGAGACUAUUAAAAGACUUGUGAAUACAAUUGACGAAUUGUUUGUCACCGAGAACCGUGAGUACCAAGCCCUGAUAGCGUCAUGGCAUCCAGCCCAGCGGUACUACAGCCCCGCUGGAAGCGCGUCGCGGGCUGGACCGGCCCGGUACCGCGGCCCCGGCACGGACACCGAGCUGUGGCCAUCAAGGAGCUGAUGGUGGUGUUCGGCGGAGGGAACGAGGGGAUCGUGGACGAGCUGCACGUCUACAACACAGCCACCAACCAGUGGUUCAUCCCGUCGGUCUGUGGUGAUGUCCCCCCCGGCUGUGCCGCCUAUGGUUUCGUGUGUGACGGUACGAGGCUGUUGGUGUUUGGCGGGAUGGUGGAAUACGGCAAAUACAGCAGCGACCUGUACGAGCUGCAGGCGAGUCGCUGGGAGUGGAAACGUCUCAAGGCCAAAGCUCCAAAGAACGGCCCGCCCCCCUGCCCUCGCCUCGGACACAGCUUCUCUUUGAUUGGGAGCCGCUGUUACCUUUUCGGAGGCCUGGCUAAUGACAGCGAGGAUCCCAAGAACAACAUCCCCAGGUAUCUGAACGACCUGUACUGUCUGGAGCUGCGCCCAGGGUCCAGCGUGGUCGGCUGGGAGGUCCCACUGACCUCAGGUCCUUCACCGCCUCCCAGAGAGAGUCACACGGCGGUGGUGACGAGCGGCCGCGGGGGAAACAGACUGAUCAUCUAUGGAGGGAUGAGCGGCUGUAGACUGGGCGACCUGUGGGUCCUUGACAUAGACUCUCUGACCUGGACCAAACCAGGCCUCAGUGGGACCGCCCCCGUCCCUCGCAGCCUCCACUCAGCCACUGCCAUCAACAACAAGAUGUAUGUAUUUGGAGGUUGGGUUCCUCUGGUGAUGGAUGAUGUCCAAGAGGCGACUCAUGAGAAGGAGUGGAAGUGCACCAGCACACUGGCCUGCCUCAACCUGGACAACAUGUGUUGGGACACAGUCCUGAUGGAUGUUCUGGAGGAGUCUGUCCCCAGAGCUCGAGCAGGUCAUUGUAGCGUCUCCAUCAACUCCAGACUCUACGUCUGGAGCGGCAGAGACGGAUACAGGAAGGCCUGGAACAAUCAGGUGUGCUGCAAGGACCUUUGGUACCUGGAGACAGAGCGUCCCUGUCCUCCCUCCCGGGUGCAGCUGGUCCGGGCCAACACGUCGUCUCUGGAGGUGAGCUGGGGUCCGUCUCAGACGGCGGACAUGUACCUGUUGCAGCUGCAGAAGUACGACAUUCCCGCCACACCUGCAUCCAGCCCCGCCCCCAACCCGGUGCCCACAGCCACACCUGCAGUCAGCUCCCCCAAGAGCCCCGCCCCCGUUGCAGUGGCAUCGGCCAACCAGUCCGUCACGCUGGUCCCCUCCCAAAUCCUCUCCAUUCCUGGAAGCCCAUUGGCUGCUGCUGCGAAAGCACCUGCUGUCCUGAAGGUGGCAGCUCCAGGGUCAGUGGGUGGAGCCUCCAUUGUCACAGUGAGACAGGCGACACCUAAAUCCCCAGCUGCCGUGACAACGCUUCCUGCAGGCGUUCGUAUGGUGGUACCUUCUCAGCCUGGACAGGCGAUGCCAAUAGGCAGCAGCCCUCAGAUGAGUGGAAUGGCGGCGUUGGCAGCGGCGGCUGCAUCGACUCAGAAGAUCCCCCCCUCGUCAGCGGCGGGGCUGAAUGUCCCGGCUGGAGCCACGAUCGUGAAGACGGUGACCGGGAGUCCAGGAGCCAGCAGCCUGCCAAUCAAAGUGGCCUCUCCUGUUACCAUGGUGACCAGCCCGGCCACUCGGAUGUUAAAGACCGCUGCCGCUCAGGUGGGCGGGGCCUCAGGCGUCUCAACUCCUGGCACCCCGAGCCGACCGGUCAUCACAGUCCAUAAGUCCGGGACAGUGACUGUCUCCCAACAAGCUCAGGUGGUCACCACAGUGGUGGGCGGAGUCACGAAGACCUUCACUCUCGUUAACAGUCCACUCGGUGUGGGAGGAGGCGGGGCUUUGAUCAAUAACCUGGGAAAAGUGUUGUCAGUGGUUCAGACCAAACCAGGAGCUGUUACUGGUCAGGCUGGGAGCACCUCCAUCGCUCAGAUGAUCCAGAAGGGCGCUCUCCCGGCAGGAACCAUCUUGAAGCUGGUGACGUCUGCAGACGGUAAACAGAAGACCAUCCUCAGCACCGUGCAGGCCGGAUCCACGGCCACCAAACCCAACGUCCACGGUGUCUCCUCCACAACCGCCAAACCUGGAACCACCUUCAUCAAAACCAUCCCAGUGUCGGCGCUGCACGGCGCUGCAGGUGGAAACAGUCCAUUCACCAUCCUCACCACUAAGGGGGUAUCGCCAGGAACUAUGGGUAAAAUCAUCACCACAGUCCCUAAGAUCACUGCAGGAGGUCAACAGGGGGUCACACAGGUGGUGUUAAAGGGAGCUCCAGGUGUACCUGGUACCAUCCUCAGGACUGUGCCUAUGAGCGGAGUCAGACUGGUCUCACCUGGAUCCAAACCUAGUGCUGCCACGCUGGUGGUCAAGUCAACCACAGCAGGUGUGUCCACUCUGGGGACAGUAACAGGAAGUGUCUCCACCACGCUGGCAGGUGGAGCCAUUGGUUCUGCCAACGCCUCCCUGGCGACGCCCAUCAACACCCUGACCACCAUUGCUGCACUUGCCAGCCAGGUUACCAAGGCAACCACUGCAGCGGUACCCACACAGGUGACUCUGAUCACAACUCCGAGCGGAGCUGAAGCUCAGCCACUGGUCCAGGAUCUGCCCGUCUCCAUCAUGGCGUCUCCUACAUCUGAGGAACCCGGGAGUGGUAUAAGUACUGCGACGGUAGAAGAUACUGCAGACACUGAAACAGCAGUGAUGUCUAUCUGCUCCAACCCGCCGUGUGAGACCCACGAGACGGGGACGACCAACACCCCCACUGUCGCAACAGCAACCAUGGGGGGGGGCAACAGUGUCUGCUCCAACCCGCCGUGUGAGACCCACGAGACGGGGACGACCAACACCUCCACUGUCGCUUCCUCCAACAUGAGCCAGGCACUACAGGUUUGUUCAAAUCCUCCGUGUGAGACUCACGAGACCGGAACCACCAACACAUCGACCACAGCAACAGCUCAACAGGGCGGAGACGUUCUUCAGGUAGACUCCACAGACCCCACCACCUCUUCUGACCCCCCCUCCUCCACAGCCAAUCGCAACCGAGCUGUUACCAUGGUUACACAGGCAACGCCCACACCCGGACCAUCCAUACCUAUGAUCUCCUCUUUGGUCAAAGACGACCGGGUUGAGUCCUCAGAGAUGGUUACAGGGGAGGAGCCUGAGCCGACAGACAGCCAAUCAGAGGCUGUACGUUUACAGGUUCACAUGGAGGUCAGCAAGACAGCUGCACAGGUGGCGACUACAGAUCUUCCUCAGGAGCUGAUGUCAUCAGAAGGGGACGUAGGUGAGGGGGUCCCUGGGACUACUACCAUGAUGUUGACAACAGGACUGACCCCAGAUCAGCUGACUGCUCAGCAGGCAACAAUACAGGCAGUACUGCAGGCAGCUGGACACAUAGGUGGAGCAGCGAACUCUGUGGAUCAAUCUGUCCCGAUCAUUUUGACUCAGCAGGAACUGGCAGCUCUGGUUCAACAGCAGCAGCAGCUACAGGACGUCCACGCCCACAGCGAGCCGCAGCCCAGCAGCCUGCCCACAGAGGGCCUUGCUCCAGCAGACAGCCUCAAUGACCCGGCAGCAGAGCUGACCUCAUCGGCAGUGACCAGCGCUGUCGCCAGAUUAGCCAGCACGUUCAGCCCCGCCCCCCCGCUGACAUCAGGUGUGGCAAAGAUUCAAGCUGUUGCCACAGUGACUGAGGCGACCAAUGGCAUCACAGCGACCAAAGAGCAGCCGGGUGCUGAGGUGAAGACCUCGGUGAGGAGCAGUCGAUGGUACGAUGUUGGCGUCGUUAAGGUUACAAACAUGGUGGUCUCUCACUUCUACAUCCCAUAUGACGACAACACGGCCGAAGACGACUCAGGUGUGGUACCUGACUACAGUCAGAUGAGGAAGGUGGAGCUGCAGCCGGGGACCGCCUAUAAGUUUCGUGUUGCUGGGAUCAAUAUCUGCGGCCGUGGAGCGUUCUCCGAGGUGUCUGCAUUUAAAACAUGUCUGCCGGGUUUCCCCGGAGCGCCAUGUGCCAUCAAGAUCAGCAAGAACCUGGACGGGGCGCAGCUCACCUGGGAGCCUCCGGCUGUCACGUGGGGCACGAUCACGGAGUACUCGGUGUACCUCGCCAUCCAGUCCAGCCAUGCCGCCUCCGCUGUUUCAGGCCCGGCACAGCUGGCCUUCAUGAGGGUGUACUGUGGUACCAGCCCGUCCUGCCUGGUCCAGGCCUCAAGCCUCGCCAACGCACACAUCGACUACACCACCAAGCCAGCCGUCAUCUUCCGCAUCGCUGCACGCAAUCAGAAGGGCUAUGGGCCGGCCACCCAGGUCAGGUGGUUACAAGAAAAUAAAGACACAAAAACAACAGUGAAGAGAGGAGGAACUACACAACCGAAACCUGUCGGACCAAAGAAAUUCAAAACGGACCAAUAGGAGGAGGCCACCACCUCCUGAGGACGUGAUUGGUUCUCCUCAUCUUAAGCACCAUUGGUGCAACUCUGGGAAACUAACAAAAUUAAAGACUUGUAAUAUAUGUGUACAUUAUCAGCCAAUCAAAACCUCUGCAGUGUCACUGAGACAGAGAGGGGCGGAGUCAACAGCAUUUCAUGGAAUGAUGGAAACAAUAAAGUUUGAAUUUGAGUCGUAGCUCUGUCUGUCGGACGUCAUUCUACAGGUCAGAGGUCAUGCUGUUGUCAGGGGGUGGAGUCUAAACCAGCGCUGUUGUAAAUGAUUUUUUUUUUUUUAUAUUCUUCUGUUGUUGAGGCGUUCGUGCUCCUGUUGGUCACUGGAUACGAUUCCAAAAUCAGCCUGUUUGUGAAUAUUCUCUGGAACAAUAAAGAUUUUUAGAUAAUUU